CAGCAGCUUGGGACCUGCAGCUGCCGCUGCUGCCUUGUGGGAAACUUGUCCAAGAUGCAAACACAGUACUGACACUGGAAGCAAGUGGAUCUAGUUGGCUUUUAAACCCUGUAUGCAAGGAAUUACUGAAGAUACUACUGAUGGAUGCAUAUGGAUUAUUUAUCGAAAGGAGUGGACAAGAGAUUUUAUUCAGUUUCUAACUUUAGAUUUCGUCACUAUUGAGUGUUUUGGCAUCAGUGACCAGGUCCUCCUCUGACCGGCACACAGGUGGAAAUAUUUAAAAAGAGGAGAAGACGACUGCAACACUGCCAUCAUCAUGAAACUGACGCAGCGACUCAAACUGCUUAAACACUUUGGUUCUGUACCUGUGGAGCCGCCUCCACUGCUGGUGGUGCCUAAACCAGGCAUGGAUGAAUUAACCAUAUGGGAGCAGCACACCAUAACACUAAACAAAGACUCAAAGGUGGGCUAUGGCUUUGCUCUAUCAGGAGGGAAAGACAAGCCUCACCCCGACACUGGAGACACAGCUGUGGUGGUGUCGGAUGUUCUGCCAGGUGGACCGGCCAUGGGACGACUCUUCAACAAAGACCAUAUUGUCAUGGUCAAUGGAGUUUCUAUGGAAAAUGUUUACUCUAAUUACACCAUUCAGGUUCUUAAGUCAUGUGGCAAGACUGCAAACAUAACAGUAAAGCGGCCUCGAAAGAUCCAGAUCCCAGCCACCUCCAGGCCAUCGAGGGCAGCCUCACAGUCGAACCUACUGGAUCAAGAUCCCCCCAGACGAACCCGCCGCUUCUCUGACAGCAGUGACAAUAGAGACGCAGGACGCUACAGCCCCUCACCUCAGCGUAAUGGCUAUGGAGCGUCACAGUCACUGAUGUCCACAUACAAGAGGUUGCCGCAGAACUAUGCUCCAGAGAAACCGAUCAAAACCACACUGGUUAAAAAGAAAAUCACAGAUGAGUAUGGACUGAAGCUAGGAAGUCAGAUCUUUAUAAAGCACAUGACAGAAAGUGGCCUGGCUGCAAAGGAAGGAACACUGCAGGAGGGAGACCUAAUUUUAAAGAUCAACGGCAUGACGACGGAGAAUCUUUCUCUUCUGGAGACCAAGCACCUGGUGGAGAAGAGCAGGGGCAAGCUGACCAUGACGGUCCUCAGGGACGACCGCAAGUUCCUGGUCUCCAUCCCUGAGGUGGACGACAGCCCUGGCAACAGUAACGACGAGCUUCGCAAAAACAGCAGCUCAGAGCUGGAGGACAUUUCAGACCUUGAGGAGGACAUCACCCCUCGCCGAACAUCACGCCAGCACACCCGAGAGAAACGGACACGCAGACCGAGAGCUGAACCACCUCCACGAGCCAAGUCUAGGGAUCCAUCACCUGUACGCUCUACACUGACCCGGCCUCCUCCCAGAAAGUACGCUUCUCGUGGAGCUCCAUCUGAGUCAGAGUCGGACCACAGCACUUCUCCUCCUCCUCCUGUCAGGAGAGACGGUCCAGAAAUAAAGGACUCUAGCAAAUACAAGCAUCUUCCAGGAUUGUCCACCCUCCCAAACCCACGAUCUUCUCCUGUACAAAACUGGACCCUGACCCGUCCCUCCUCCUCCUCCUCAAGGCCACGCAAGCCGGUGUCGGAGUCAGACUCUGACCGGAGCGCGUCCCCACCUCCACGCAGACAGAGCCCCCUCCCAGACACCAGAUACAAAUCUCUGUCUGAUCUUCCCCAUAUCAGUCUGAAGCCUUCCCCCAUCCCUGUUCUACAGGAGGCACCAAGAAGGGUCAACUCCCCUGUGAGGAUCCCAUCCCCAGAUUCUGACUCCGAGUCGGACGGCACCUCAGCACCUCCGCAGAGGCACAGCACUUCGUACAGCCAGGACUCCCUCAGCAGAUACAGAGUCCUGCCAGAGGUUUCUCUGCAGCCUCACGUGGAGCCGCCUCGAUGGAGCGAAACCAGCGAGCUGCAAAAGAAAGCUAAAUCGGACACCGAAUCAGAUGCCAGUUAUGCUUCCGUCCGCCGCAAGGACUCCUCAGAUAACGGAAACGUAAAGAAGCCCAGCAAGAAACGCAGGGUCGUGUCUAAGAGAGCAGCCCCUGCCGCUGCAAAGCUGGAGCCUCCACAUCAAGUCAAAUCCCCUGUCAGACCAGCCCCUGAUGAGUCCUCAGAGUCAGAUGAGCUUUCACAUCUCAGGAGGUCUGGCAGCUCUGAGCGAGAUCAAAGCCACCGCAGUGUUCCUCGUGGUUCUAAAGGAAACAGCGCUGUCCGGUCCGGGAUUUCAGUGACUAAUAACCCUCAGCUCCACUCCCAACCUGUGGAAGAGCCUCUCUAUUCCCUACCUCCAGACUCUUACCCGUCAUCUAAUCCUGGGUAUAGCUCCGAUGUAAAUAAUGUGAGAUUUGUUAAAGAGGGCAGUUUGGGCCUGAGACUGGUGGGCGGCAAUGAUGUUGGGAUCUUUGUAGGUGGAGUUCAGCCAAACAGCCCAGCAUAUGACCAGGGAAUGAAAGAGGGAGACCAGAUCCUGAAGGUAAAUAAUGUAGAUUUUGGCCAUUUCACACGAGAGGAAGCUGCCAACUUCCUCCUCAAUCUCCCAGCGGGAGAACAGGUGGAAAUGUGCACUCAGAAAAAGAUGGACAUUUACAAGAAGAUCAUCAAGUCCGACCUGGGGGACAACUUCUACAUCCGCACGCACUUUGACCACGAGGCAGACAAUCCCAGAGGUCUAAGCUUCACCAGAGGAGAAGUGUUCAGGGUCCUGGAUACGAUGUACAAAGGGAAGAUAGGCAACUGGCUUGCUGUUCGCAUGGGGAAUGACCUGCAUGAGAUGGAUAAAGGCACCGUCCCAAACCAGGAGAGGGCAGAGUCACUGGCCACCAUCGAGCGAUCACAGCGGUCUACUGGAGAAAGGCAGGGUACUGGCCCGAGAGCAGAGUUCUGGAAACUGCGAGGGCUCCGGGGAAACAAGAAGAACGAGAAGAGCAACAGACGGACUCGAGAGGACCUGCUGCAGCUCACAAUUCAGGGCAAAUUCCCGGCCUAUGAGAGAGUCCUGCUCAGGGAAGCUAAUUUCAAACGACCAAUCGUCAUUCUGGGACCUCUGAAUGAUAUUGCCAUGGAGAAGCUGGUCAAUGAGAUGCCUGAUGAAUAUGAGAUGGCAGAGAUGGUUCCUCGGAGUGGAGGAGGAGACAAUAGCUCCACAGUUAUUAAACUUGACACUGUGAGGAGAAUUGCAGAGAAGGAUAAACACCCUCUGCUGGACAUCACUCCCACUGCAGUGGAGCGGCUGAACUACAUCCAGUACCACCCAAUGGUGUUGUUCUUAGACCCCCAUAGUCGCAAAGAUGUUAAGGCCAUGAGGCAGAAGUACAACCCAGAGUCCAACAAGAGCUCCAGACGCCUAUACUCCCAGGCUGUUAAGAUGAAGAAACACGCCAACCACCUGUUCUCAGCUUGGAUAGACCUGCAGCCCGGCUCCCACAAAUGGUAUGACGCUCUGAAGGAGAGAAUCCAGCACCAGCAGUCCAAACCUGUCUGGGUGUCUGAAGUCACGCUGGAGAGCGGAGGGGAACAGGACUUGGAUGCUCUGGACCCGACUCAGAUGGACUACCUCAGUGCUGCCAGUGACCUGGAGGACACGGAUGGAGAGGCCAUCACAGACGGAGAAGCCUACACCGACAACGAUGACCUGGAGGAGGCCUACCCUGGUCAGGAUGUCUCCAGGUUUCAACAGAGCUCCAGGGGACCAGGAGCUGCUUUAGCCCGAUCAUCUGAACCAGCCUCUGAGUAUGACAGCCCAGCAGUUGAACCAGAGCCUAGUGAUUACGGGUUUUCGGACAGAGAAAUCCCACCAUUGAUGCAUGUGCCUGAGCUCAGAUCACCCCGCCAGGAGGUCUAUAGCCCACCCCAGAGUACUGCUGAGGAGGAAGAACAGUCUCAUCACAGUUUUACAGACUCUGACUUCGAUGCUCUUGAUGUAGAUGAACCGCCAGAUUUUGUAGCCCCCGACCCCUCAAGUCGACACUCAUUGGACGAGCCAUCGUAUGCUGAGGAACAGCCGGAGAGCUCCCAACCUGCCCCUCUGUCAGCUAUUGAAGAGAGAUUAGCUCAGACACGUAUGGCAGAACCGCAGGCCCAGCCUGAGAAAAAGACAGGCCCAGCGUUCAUCGUGUUGGCCCAUCACCAAGCAGUCCAGCACAGACGCACACAGAUCCAGGGCAGCGACAGCUCCGACGAUGACAAAUUUGACGAGGAGGAAAAGACGGAUGACGUUGAAUGGGGUCCUGCAACUGAACUCUAGAAGAACAGAGGAUUAAAGCUGCUGACGGCUAAUCCAACACAGACGAUUUCUGUUUCACUCUUUUAACUCAUGUUUGUUUGUUAGGUUCUUCAAGUUUUUCUAAAGAGGGCGAUGUUGUUCGAUGUAUGACAAAUCUAUUUAAGAUUUACCAUCACAAAAAAAGGUUCCCCUGAAAACAUUUUAGAUCAAAGUGCCUGUUUGUUUCUGUUACUGUUUUCCUUUUAUAUUUAUUAUGUUUUAGAAAUACUUAAAACAACCCAGUUUGUUAUAACUGCUGUAAUAUACAAAUGCUAGUUUUAUUACAAAUCAUUAAAGAACCAAUGUCAGGCACAUAAGACCUGUUAUGAAACCACUUUUUAAACCUUUUCUAAAAUAAACAGUUUUUUUCUAAUUUCA